AUGGACGACAACACUUAUCCGCGACUGUCGCAAUGCCAUCACCACCGCUUCUUCUCCAACUUUCAUGCCACAUUUUCAUGUAUAUAUAACCGCUACUACCCACUUCACUUCCUCCACCAUCACAACAAGUCUACAAACACAUUCCUCCUUAUUUCUCAAUACUUCUCAGUUCAGUUAAUCAUGGCAAAGGUCAAGAUCGGAAUCAAUGGUUUCGGAAGAAUCGGCCGAUUGGUUGCGAGAGUUGCUCUGCUGAGCGAUGAUAUUGAACUUGUUGCCGUUAAUGAUCCUUUCAUUACCACCGACUACAUGAUUUACAUGUUUAAGUACGAUAGCGUGCAUGGGCAAUGGAAAAAAGACAUCAAAGUGAAGGAUUCCAAGACUCUUCUGUUUGGCGAUAAACCUGUAACCGUUUUUGGCAUGAGAAAUCCAGAGGAAAUCCCCUGGGGUGAGGCUGGAGCUGAAUAUGUUGUCGAGUCCACUGGAGUUUUCACUGAUAAGGAGAAAGCCGCUGCCCACAUGAAGGGAGGUGCAAAGAAGGUGGUGAUCUCUGCUCCAAGUGCAAAUGCUCCGAUGUUCGUGAUGGGUGUGAACGAGAAGGAAUACAAAUCUGACAUCACCAUUGUCUCCAAUGCCAGCUGCACCACUAAUUGUCUUGCUCCUCUGGCGAAGGUUAUUCAUGACAAAUUUGGUAUUGUUGAGGGACUUAUGACCACUGUACACUCCAUAACAGCAACACAAAAGACUGUUGAUGGUCCAUCAAUGAAGGACUGGAGAGGCGGAAGAGCUGCUUCUUUCAAUAUCAUUCCAAGCAGCACCGGAGCUGCAAAGGCUGUUGGAAAAGUUCUGCCUGCACUUAAUGGGAAACUAACAGGGAUGGCCUUCCGUGUGCCUACUGUCGAUGUGUCGGUGGUUGAUCUUACUGUGAGGCUGGAGAAGGCUGCCUCAUAUGAUGAAAUCAAGGCUGCUCUCAAGGCGGAGUCUGAGGGAAGCAUGAAGGGAAUCCUUGGGUUCACGGAGGAUGAUGUUGUGUCAACAGACUUUGUGGGUGACCUCAGGUCAAGCAUUUUUGAUGCUAAAGCUGGGAUUGCAUUGAACAACAACUUUGUCAAGCUUGUCUCAUGGUAUGACAACGAAUGGGGUUACAGCAACCGUGUGGUUGACUUGAUUCGUCAUAUGUCCAAGUCUUAAGCUGUUUUUGUUACUGGCUUACUGCACCUGGGUGCUUCUUCUAAUCAUUCUUUUUGGGAAUAACACAGAGUGAAAGAGAGGAAGGGAGGCUCACUAUAGUUUCAUCUUACAUCGUUGUUUCUGUGUAUCUUUUCUUUUUUGAAUAUUUUGGUUUUGAUUGAGUAAUGCCAUGAUUUUAUUUUUUGUUAUUGCGUUUGUGCCAUUGAAUCAUCUUUAUGUUGUUAUAUAAUUUUAUGCUAUAGGAACUGAUAGG